AAACAUGGCUCCUUUGUGGGUUUUCGCCAUUGAUAUAGGAACAACCCAUAGCUGCUGUGCGUAUUCGAUGAGGGGUUCUCCUCAAAAAAUUGAUACAUUUGAUAGAUGGGAAGGAUGUGAUUAUCCAACGACCAAAGUGCCAACAGUUGUACUAUUCAAUAAAAAGAAAGAGUUUCAUAGUUUUGGAUUCGAGGCAAUAAAUCAUUUCAAUGGUCUAAAAAAUGACGAGGAAAGGAAAAGAUGGUACAUGUUCGAAGGAUUCCAUAAACUGACAAACAACUACGUGCAGACAGAACCCGAACUGCCUGAUAAAAGUGGAAAAAAGUUAGAAACCUAUAAAGUUUAUGGAUCGAUUAUUAAGGUUUUUAUCGCAAGGAUAUAUGCGGCAUUUCAUGAUAGGAAUGUGGAACUAAGUCAGGGGGAUUUACAAAUCGUAAUUACUGUUCCUCCAAUUUGUACGAAAUCAUACAAGACGAUGUUGCAGAAUGCCUAUCAUUUCACUGGCUAUACAAACCCCUAUUCCUUUGUCCGAGAAACGGAGGCAAUAUUGCAAUAUUGGGAAAACAAAUGUGAUACAGAGCAAGGGCUUUCAGAAAAUCCUAGCUUCAAGAAAACGUCUAGGCUUCUUCUGGUAAAUCUAAGAGGUAGAACGGCAUCAAUUACAGCACUGUCGACCCAAGAUGGAACUCCUCGCCGGCUUCACACAGUAGCUGGUGGAGGUUGGGGAGGACAAGCAGUAAACGAGGAAUUCAAACAGUUUUUCAUAAAAAUUGUCGGUGCACCUGUCUUCCUUAAAUUUGUUGAGGAGGAAGAAAACGACUGGAUGGACUUAAAAAUGAAGUUUGAAACUAUCAAGCAUGGCGUUAAAAGUGAAGACGAUGGAAAAGUGUCUCUCAAACUGCCUGUCAGACUACGGGAGAUUCUUGAAGAGUGUUGCAACGAAAAUAUGCAAACUGCCGUACAAGCGUCCCCCUAUUCAAAGAAAAUAUAUUUCACGAGUGACCAAAUGCGUUUAGAUGUUAGUAUCAUCAAAGAUCUUUUUACAAACUCAGUAGAAAAGAUAAUUUCCAACAUAAAGGAAACCCUGCAAAUCGAAGCAGUAACAGGAACAAAGACCAUUAUUAUGGUAGGUGGAUUUUCAAAAUCGCCCUUAGUUCUGAGUGCUGUGAAAGAAGCGUUCCCCGACUGUAAUGUUCUCGUCCCGAAGGAGCCUGCAUAUGCAUUGCUAAAAGGUGCAGUCAUGCAAGGACACUACGUAGAACCACAAAAAGCAUCAGUAACGGCCGUGUCUAAAUUUACAUACGGCGUUCAUGUGUGUCAUUUCAAUGACGAACAUGGUUGCUCAGAAACUGAAAAAGAAGAAACUAAAAUUUUCCUUCGAAAAGGAGAAACAAUUGCUGUAGGAGACAAAGUAACACGGUAUAUCACUUUAGAAACAUGUGACAUGCAACACGUAGAAAUUCAGUUUUUCACGUCGCCACGAACGGAAACCGUAUCAGUAGACAAAAGCGAAAUCGAGUAUCUGAAAAGAGUUAGGCAUGAUUUCGACGGUUUGCAUACAAAGACUAUAAAGAUAGAAAUGCUUUUCACUCCGUAUUGUUUUGAGAAGGAGGUAAUGCAACCACAUCAAUUUGUGAGCUUUUUAUGAUUUAAGAUGAAAAAUCUGUGAAGGCAAUGUAAUUGGUACAGUAUUGUGAUUUGUUGUUGCUAGGAGAUGUUGCAUUAUCAGUGUUGAUUUUUAUACCUGGUUAUAUAAUUUGUAUUUGAAACAACGCUCUUUGUACAGAGUGAUGACGUGAUGUAAAUGUCUGCUAAUAAAUAUAUUCACAACAAUG